AUGCCAAUUCAACAUUUAAAUCGAGAUGUCGUUAACCAUUCACCAACACCAUCGACGCCAACAACAACCACAACGACAACAACAAGCGGUAGUGAAUACAAAGUGCUUAUUGCUAUAACAGUUCCUACACGUCAUUGGAAGUAUGUGUUCAAAGUACGUACAGAUAUAUUGAUUGGUGAGUUAAGAAAACAAUCGAUUGAAACUUACAACCUACGAGAGAGUGAUUUCAUUAAUCACGGUUUAUACUUACCACCAGAAGGUGGAAAGAAAGGCAAAUUCCUACAAGAUGAAAGAACAAUAUCUGAUUAUCCGCAAUUAGUAGCUAUAAAGUUAUUCGAUGGAAAUGAUGGUGAAUGUAUAGUGCAUGAAACAGAAACGAAUCAAGGCGACAACAACACGAAUGGGAGUAAAUCUAAAGAUCCAGUAUUAUUAGAGCUGUUGCCGAAGGUUCGAUUUGUUGAAGAAUAUCGUACAGAAGGACCUAAACCAUCUAAACGUAUUCAAUCGAAACACUACCAGAAACGUUUAUUGUCUGCAAUUAAACGAAAUGAUAUUUCACGGGUUACAGAUCUUCUCAAUCAAGGUUUGGAUCCAAAUUUUCAAUAUCCUUCAAAUGGAGUUACACCACUGGGAUGUGCUGCGGAGUUAUCUGAUCCCCGUGAAAUCAUUUUACAGCUGGUCAAUUGUGGCGCACAUGUAGACUAUCGUGAUUCUGAUACAAUGACAGCGUUGCACAGAGCAGCUGUUUGUGGAAAUUUAAAAGCAAUCGAGGUUUUUCUAGAACUUGGACAAAAUCCCAAUGUACGUGAUAAUCAAGGUCUCACGCCGUUGUAUUAUGCCUGUUCUGAAGAUAUUCAUCCUGAUUGCAUUAAACGGCUGCUGUUUGAUCAUGCAAUUCUCGGUGUAACAGACGAUAAGGGUAGACAAGAAAUUCAUCAGGCUUGUUUAAAUGGUCGAAGUGGAACAUUGGAACAAUUGAUCAUUUAUGGCGCUGAUUUAAACGCUCAAGUAGAAAAUCACAAUACACCGAUACAUUUAUGUGUAUUAGCUGAUGAACCUGAAUGCUUAAAGUUAUUACUACGUUGUGGUGCAUCACCGACAAUUGUGAAUUCAUCUGGUCAAACACCGUAUGAAUUAGCUGUACUUAUUGAACGAAUGCACUUGGCUUUGAUUUUACAAAAUUUCGAUGAAAAACAAAUAGAAGGUGUAGGCAAAACACCAGUAUAUAACAAAGACAGACGACCAACAAUUCAUGGACCACGGGCUGUUUUCGAAUAUUUAAAUUUUGCCAACAAUGUCAAUACUACUAACAUGAUGAUGAUGAAUAGUCUAAGUAAACUGCGUAAAUCUGUAUCAAUUGAUGGAAAACUACCUGAAGUGAAUUAUCGUCGAUGUUUAUCCUUUGAUCCAGAAAGUCUUAGAAAACAAGCCUCACCGAUACUCAAUGGUAGAUUAACACUCACUGGAAAGAAUAGCGAUGUUCAGUCAUCCGGUUCAGUUAAACCACUGCUGCCUAUCAAAGCAUCGACAGUAAAUAAUAAUAAUAGUAAUAAUAAUGGUAAUGGUAAUAAUAAUCGCUGUGGACAGAUCAUUUAUUCCCGUAGUAAUUCAGUCGGUGUCCCACUGAAUCUCAGGAAGAUCAAUCAGUUGAGACAAAACUAUCCCAAUAUUCGUAUACGCUCUGUCACUUUAGAACGUGGUACAUCUGGUUAUGGUUUCGUUAUGCAAGGAACAGAUAACUUUAAAGAAAGAUUUAAUACCUCUGUAGUUUUACCAACUCAGCGUAUUAUGAGUGUUCAACCGGAUAGUAAAGCUGAAAAAGCAGGACUACUGCCAGGUGAUUACUUCAUUGAGAUAAAUGGUAUCGAUGUCUACGACUCUCCGCAUACACAAGUUGUCGAUUUAAUCUCAUCAACACGUGAUAUGCUGACAUUGAAAAUUGUCAAUUUUGUCGAUACAAGCGAUGUUAACUCUAGUAAUACAAAUGGCAGUAGCAAUAGCAAUGGCAAUGGUAACAAUAUACACAACAAUAGCAUUAGUAGUAGUAGUAGCAGUAAUGGAACUCCUCCCGUGAUGAAUUCCAACAGCAGCAGCAGCAGCAACAGUGGCAGCAAGCACAGUCGGACAAGUUUUAUACGUGCUGACCUCAGACGUCGAAAUACCCAUCGAUCGCUUAGUUUUCACACAUCUGGAUAUAGUCGACAAGCGACUAUCAGUGAUUGUAGCAAUAAUAACAAUAAUAAUAUUAUUGAGGAACCAAUUAUCAAUACUAACAUUGUCACUAAUACUACUAACAACAACGGUAUCAGUAGUAUCGGUGUCGUCAAAAGUACAAAUGCUGGCCAUAGGAAUGAGAAAUUAAUGUCAACUAAGUCAGAAAAACAACUUUAUCGUCCAUAUAAUCAUACUACUACUAAUAAUAAUAGCAAUAAUAAUAAUAAUAAUAGCAGUAAUACUCCACAUGGUCGGCUACUUCGAGCCAUGAACACAGGGACCAAUAAUAAUAAUAAUAAUGCUUCUAACAAAAAGUUCAGAUCAUCUCUACUAAUUAUCAAGGAUGAAGGUGAACCAAUUCAUCAAGAUGGUGGAACAACAACAACACCAGAAUCAUUAUCAGCAUCGUCUGCUUCACCGUACAGACGAAGGCUUAUCAGUACUUCUGAUAUUGCAGACAAUACUACUACUACUAAUAAUAAUAAUAAUAAUAAUAGUAAUAAUAAUGGUUAUGAUAGUAGAUCUGGCGGUAAUGACAGACUACAACGAGCUUUAUCGGAAACACGGAGCAUUCUAGUAUCAAGAUUGUAUCGUCAACAACAAGAAGGGGACAACGAUAGAGAGGCUGAGAAGAACAAAACUGUUGGAGAAGAAGAAGAUAAAAAGGAAUGUCAAAAGUCAGAAAUACCUCAACCAACAAUCAUUUUGUAUAGUCAAAGUAUUAAAAGAGAUGAAGAACCCGAGGUGAAUUCAUCACUGUCAACAUCAUCAUUCACUUCGUCAGCGUCAUCGGGCUCAUCAAUAGUGUCUGGUCUACCUCCGUUGUAUUCAUCAUCAAUAGGCGGAGGACGUCAACAGUUGGAAAGUAAAGAAAAACGUGAUCAAAAUACGCAUACUACUACUAGUACUACUAUUUAUGAUUUCAGUAAUAUAAUUAAUAAUAAUAAAAAUAAUAAGGAUAACCAUCAAACUAAUGGAAAUAAUAGUCAAGCAGAUAGUCAAUAUGAACAACAUGGACAGUAUCAUAGUCAACCGACAAAUGAGAAAUGUGAUUCAUUAUGGGAUUCAUCAGAAUCGGAUGAUAUAGCGAAUAUUUCAGAGAUAACUGAGAUAUCUGAGAAUUCUUUAAAGCCUAAUAAAUACACAAUAAAUAUUAAUAAUAAUAAUAAUAAUAAUAAUAAUAAUAAUAAUGGGCAUUAUGUUGAAGAAAAUGCUCAGAAAUGUAUAGAUAGACAAGCCACAGUUGGACAAGUUGACAAGGGAAGAAUGCCUAAGCCACCGCUACCUCCUCUGUCACUUAUAAACAAUAAACCGGCUGGAAAAGAAGCUAAUGGAAGCGAUCAAGAAGUCAAUGGUAAAACGGUGUCGAAAUCUGCUGACGAUCAUGUACACCAUAUUAUUGUGAAAAGUAACAUAAAGAAUGAUAUCUGCAAUGGAAAUAAUGACAAUAUUAUUAGUGAUAAUAAUAAUAAUAAUGAUAAUAGCCAAUCUAAUGAGAGUAUGUCGUCUGAAGAACAAACAAUUCAAAUUGAUCAAUCUAAAAUGAAUGGGCAUAAUAAUAAUAAUAACAAUAAUAAUAAUGAUGACGAUGAGUUAGGUGUAUGCCUAAUCUAA